AUGGCAGUGGAAAACGGGAUCGGAACCGGAACCGGGACCGGGACGGAGGUGCUGGCCUGGAGUCCCGGGAUAGCUCUGCGGUCCCCGUCCGGGCUGGAGGCGAAGUUGGGCUCAUUGGUGCUGCUGCUGCUGUUGCCCCUUGCCUGCGGCCUUGCCCCGCUCUGCUGCUUCCGACAGCCCCCCAGCUCCGCCGACGCCCGCAGCCCAGUGCUCAGCCUGGUCAGCUGCUUUGCCGGUGGUGUCUUCCUGGCCACCUGCCUGCUCGACCUCCUGCCCGACUACCUGGCCAGCAUCAGCGCGGCGCUGGAGGGGCUGCGCGUCACGCUGCAGUUCCCUUUGCCGGAGUUCAUCCUGGCCAUGGGCUUCUUCCUGGUGCUGGUGCUGGAGCAGGUUGCAUUGGCACAGCGGGAAGCGUCAUCCAUCCCGGAGGAGACGCGGGCGUUGCUUCCCACCGGUUCCAUCCAAACCCUUUCACCGCAACCUCCCGUUCCCGGCACCCGGAGUGCCAUCCGUGCCGGGUUGUUGGUGCUGGCGUUGGCGUUGCAUGCCGUGCUGGAGGGGCUGGCUCUGGGGCUGCAGGAGGCGGAGGGGGCCGUGCUGCGCGUCUGCCUGGCGCUGGUGCUGCACAAAUGCGCGGUGGCCUUCAGCUUGGCACUAAAAUUGUUACGGGGUCGUCUGCGCCCGCCGGCCGUGGUCGCUUGUUUGACGCUCUUCGCCAUGAUGUCACCUUUGGGUGUGGGGCUGGGGACAGCGGUAGCAGCAGGCGCGGGAGCACGGCAGCGGUUGUGCCGAGGGGUGCUGGAGGGGUUGGCAGCUGGGACCUUCCUUUAUAUCACUUUUUUGGAGAUUUUGCCCCAGGAGCUGGGGGUCCCCCAACAUCGCAUCCCCAAGGUCAUCCUGCUCCUCGCUGGCUUCGCCCUUGUCACCGCCAUCCUCUUCAUCAAGAUCUGAGACACCCCAUCCCCAGAGUGGGGGAUGCCCCCCUCCCAACCCCAAUGCAGGACGCCAGGGAAGGGGGUUCCCCUCUGCACUCCCUCCUCUGUGCAAAUGCCAAAGU